CUGUGCAGGUCUACAAUGACCUAGUAUCUUCUACAACCAUGGCCUUCGUUCAACAAUGCUUUACUCAGCAGUUCAAGCUCGGCCAACACAGCACACCGCUUAUGUACUGCUUUUUCUACAGCGCUCAUGUGCACCCAGAUCCAUCCUUUUGCCUGCCACGCGGUCACCUCGGUCAGACUAUUCCCGCAGGCCGACUGAGUCUCAGCUUGUGCGGCAAUUAAUUGCUGACUGGGAUACCUUCUGCUCCACAAGUUAACCUGUUCCCAGUCACUGGAAUCUGUCGCUGGAUGGCUCGGUCAUCGUCGACUGCGGGUCCUUUCGCUGCCCUCACAGAGACGAAUUAUGACGUGGCCGUGUCCAAGUCAGACAGUAUGUUCAUUUCCCAGCAAUCUCGAAAACUUGCUCGAUACUACGCCGCGGCAUAGACACUUUCUUUCACACCAAGGCACUUCAAC